AUGUUGUCAAGGUCCAAUGUGAACUAUGAGGGACGGAAGCCCCGCAGAGUGGCCAACUCCAACGCUGCGGUGGCCCACCUGCCCACGUUUGAGCCUGCUAAGAUCACUCCCAGGGGACCCCAACCUAUGGAUGAUGGUGGGCUACCACCGUUUUCCUUUGUUUCGCUUGACAUGUGUCAGUCUGAAAACAAUGUCAAUCACAGGACCAGUGUAUACCUGCACAAGAGACUUGUGGUGAGGCGUGGUCACGAGUUCUUCCUUAAGAUCACAUUCAGCAGCCAGUACAUUGAGCACACACAUAAAUUUGAAGUGGAGUUUACGAUCGGUGAAAGCCCUGACUCCAACGAGGGCACUCAUAUUGUCUUAGAAUUUGCCCUCGGAGAAAUUAAUGGUCCCUGGGCUUGUCGUGUGGUGGAAAAUGUUGGCAACACUGUGAAGAUUGGCAUCACUCCAUCACCUGACUGCAUUGUCGGGAAGUUCCACACCUAUGUGGUGGUGGACGCCUGGGAUGGAAGACACAGAUCACCGAUAGAUGAGAACUCUAUCAUUUACAUUCUCUUCAAUGCCUGGUGCUCUGACGAUGAUGUAAGCCUGCCAGACGAAUCCCAGAGGACUGCAUACAUAAUGGCUGAUUCUGGAGUUGUAUACACUGGGCAAGCAGAACAAUUUAGUGCUCGACCAUGGGAAUUCGGACAGUUUGAGCAGAACAUUCUGGACUACUGUAUUGAUAUUUUGGAUGAUUCAAAAAUGUCACUGUACAACAGAGGGAACGUCAUCCAAGUGACACGGAAGGUUUCUGCUCUGGUGAAUUCCCAGGAUGAUUACGGGAUACUGGAAGGAAAAUGGAGAGGGAGUUAUGCUAUGGGCACGGCACCCACAGCUUGGACUAGCAGUGUAGAUAUCCUAGAAAAAUAUGCCACGACCAAAAGCCCUGUGUGCUACGCACAGUGCUGGGUUUAUGCAUGUGUAUUCAACACCAUCAUGCGCUGUCUAGGAAUUCCAUGUAGGGUGGUCACAAACUUUUGCUCAGCUCACGAUAACACUGGCAAUCUGAAGACCGAUAUUGUGAUUGAUGAAAACGGGAGAAUGCUCAAAGAGCGAUGCAAAGAUUCCAUCUGGAACUAUCACUGCUGGAAUGAGGGGUACAUGAAACGUGGAGACCUGCCUGUCGGAUUUGACGGCUGGCAAAUAUUGGACGCGACCCCCCAGGAGACAAGCGAAGGGAUCUACUGCUGUGGACCAGCACCUGUAAAAGCCAUCAAAGCAGGCCUGCUCUGCUACCCGUUUGACGCCCGAUUCAUUUUUGCAGAGGUGAAUAGUAACAUCCAUUAUCAUUUAUUAAAACCGAACGGGACCACAGAAAUGAUCCACAUUGACAAGACUUACGUGGGAAGGCUAAUACUGACACAAGAUGUCAUACCCAAUGCUGCAAAAGACAUCACAAAUGACUACAAACCCCUGGAGGGUAAAACUCCAAAAAUUUCACCUCCAUGA